AUGUCCCGCCUUCAGUCAACAUGGGUCGCCUGGCUCUUGCUUCUGUCGCUAUGGCUUGCCGUGGCUCAGGGCAUGAGGACUGCUCAAAUCAAUGAGCUCAGGAAGGAAACGGAGCAAAUGUUCUACCACGGUUUCGAAAACUACCUCAAGCACGCCUUUCCUGAAGACGAGUUGCGUCCUUUGUCCUGCCGUCCGCUCGUCCGCGACCGCGACAACCUCGCGCAUGCUGAACUCAACGAUGUUCUAGGGAAUUACUCCCUCACCCUGAUCGACAGUCUGUCGUCCCUGGCGAUCUUAUCGUCGAGCCCGGAUGAUGGCGACCGAGCAUUCAACCACUUCCAGAAUGGAAUCAGGGAUUUUGUCGGCUUAUACGGGGACGGCUCGGAUGGCCCUGCUGGCCAGGGCGAAAGGGCAAGGGGCUUCGAUAUCGAUAGCAAAGUCCAAGUCUUUGAGACUGUUAUUCGAGGGCUAGGCGGGCUACUCAGUGCUCAUCUCUUCGCUGUCGGCGAUCUCCCGAUUACCGGAUAUAGCCCUCCGGAACCAGAAGCCGCCUUUGCAAAAGCUUGGGACAAAGCAGGUUUCUCUGGAGAUGAUCACGGUAUCAAGUGGACCAACGGAUUUGUGUAUGAUGGCCAGCUUCUGCGGCUCGCUGCUGAUCUGGCGAAUCGACUGUUACCUGCCUUCUACACGGACACUGGUCUUCCUUAUCCCCGAGUCAAUCUUCGUUACGGCGUGCAGCGGCGUCCAUUCUAUGCGAACUCGCCUUUGAAUGCGAACAAAGGUUGCGGUGGCUCUGAUGCCGAGACCUGUCUGGAAGAUCGUCGGCGCUCGCAUCCGGAGACCACCGAAACGUGCAGCGCGGGCGCAGGCAGCUUGGUUCUCGAGUUCACUGUUUUGAGCAGGCUUACUGGGGAUGGUCGAUACGAAGAGCUAGCAAAAAGGGCAUUCUGGGCUGUGUGGCAACGACGGAGUGACAUUGGCUUGAUAGGGUCGGGCAUCGACGCAGAGUCCGGUCGCUGGGUGCACUCUUAUACGGGGAUUGGAGCUGGCAUUGACAGCUUCUUCGAGUACGCCUUUAAGUCCUAUGUUUUGCUCUCGUCGGGACAACGCUCCUUGUACAACCUCAGUAGCCCAUGGCAGGCACUAGACAACUAUUUCCCACCCUUGAGCGAAUAUGAACACUCCCCAGAGGCUUUCUUGCGCGUAUGGGAAGAUUCACAUGCUGCGAUCAAAAGGCACCUCUAUCGGGGUGAGGGAUAUCAACACCCGCAUCUAAUUCAAGGUGACAUUUUUACUGGCGCUACGCGAGCCUUCUGGAUUGAUAGUCUGAGCGCUUUCUAUCCGGGCCUACUCUCGCUAGCAGGAGAACUUGAUGAGGCCAUCAGUAUUCACCUUUUGACGACAGCGGUCUGGAACCGUUUUUCCGGCCUUCCUGAAAGAUGGAAUGUCGCCACAGGAAACAUCGAGGGCGACCUAUCGUGGUACGGAGGUCGUCCAGAAUUCGUUGAGUCCACGUACUAUCUGUAUCGGGCCACGAAAGAUCCAUGGUAUCUUCAUGUUGGAGAGAUGGUGCUCCGAGAUAUCAAACGCCGGUGCUGGGCGAAGUGCGGCUGGGCUGGUAUACAGGAUGUCAGGAAUGGCGAACUAAACGACCGGAUGGAGAGCUUUUUUCUGGGGGAAACUGCCAAAUAUCUGUUUCUCCUGUAUCAUCCUGAUCAUCCGCUAAAUGAUUUGGAUCAGCCACUUGUCUUUUCGACCGAGGGUCACCCGCUCAUCAUACCGAAGAGUGCAAGUACUAGUGCCCGUCAGCACAACACGCAGUCGCAGUAUGACGGAGCGAGUAACGAGUCGGUUUGCCAACUGGCACCUUUGCCGCCGACGUUCGGUUCAUCGUCAACAGCAGCGCGUCCUGAUAUUUUCCAUGCGGCGAACUUGGCUCGCUUGCACCUGAUGCCAAGUAGAGAGUCGCUUGAAGGGCCUAUCUUAGAAUAUGCUAGUGACCAUCCUAGCAUCUCGGUGUCUGAUCUGUCCUCCCCUAGUAACUACACAUUUUACCCGUGGACUCUACCUCCCGAAUUGGUACCUUCCAAUGGAACCAGUUCACCAAUGGCCAUACGCCCUACACUCGACAUAUCUUUCCCAGCCAUUCCUGGUAUGGUCAUGGGACCUGGAUCGUUGGAACGUGUUCGCGAUGGCAUCUUCAUCAAGAACAUAGGAGGUCUUCGAUUAAGCAUGGUGCAAGACGUACCCUCACCCGACAUGAGCAGAAAAACGGAUGGUGAUGAAUUCCGGGUACAGGUGAUUAAUAAUGUGCCUCUGGGCAGAGAUGAGAAGGUAUAUCUCUCACGAGAAAUCACCUUUGAUGUCCUCGAUCCUGCUGAUCCCAACUUCACUCGCAUGCGCGAUUCCGCCAUGGUUGACAUCGUCAUUGACGUAAUGCCAGAGCUCCUCCGUCCAAAAAAUCAUUCAGCUGGUGGCCGUGAAUCGGCUGCUCGAGAGCAUGAUCCAAAGCCUAUCCUCGGCGAAUCUGCCUCUCUCGACGACAAGAUCGGGGGUGUCGACCCCUCGGCCUCCGGAAUGAGAACAGUGUUCUCGUCUCUGAUGGACACCGUGUCGUCGCUGCUUCGGGACGAGGCUCAAGGUCCAACCCCGCGACCAUCUUCCGCAAAAUCGUCCUCCGUACGCGUGAGCCUUCCUGCAGCCGUCGCCAGUGGUAUCGGCUCUGCUCCUUUCCCCGAAGUGGAAGACGCGUCUAUUAUCUCCGCCACCGGAGAUUCCUCGAAGACUCGUCUGUCAUGGUCGACGAUUUACUUUGCCGAUGAGAUCUGUGAGCACCGUAUCCUGCGAGACAUUGCACAGAAACAUCAAGUUCUCGUCAUUAAACGAGGCGGGUGCAGCUUCUCUCAAAAGCUACGAAAUAUCGCCGCUUAUCCCCCAUCACGAAGCGCCCUCAAGCUUGUGAUCGUGGUCGAUUACGAGGUGCAGGCGCCAGAGGACAACUCCGCAUUCGAGUCUCCCUCUGCCGCUUUGGCUGCUCUGCGCGCAGAACCCUUUCUUAUUCGGCCGUUACUGGAUGAGCCGCAGAUGAUUACGGGCGGUGCUCCUCGCCGACAUCCUAUCAGCAUGGUCAUGAUUGGCGGGGGCGAAGAAACAUAUGAACUGCUCCGACACGCGAGAGCUUUGGGCAUCAAGCGACGGUAUACUGUCCGCUCGCAGGGCGUUCCAAUCAGCAAUCUGUAUAUAGUUUGA